AUGUACCCAUUAGGCCCUCUUCACAUUACAGCUUCAGCGCCUUCUAGUUUACUGGAACAAGACAGGAGCUGCAUCGAAUGGCUGAAUAAGCAGAAACCGAGGUCAGUCAUAUACGUAAGCAUUGGAAGCAUAGCUCACAUGCAAACCAAGGAAGUUUUGGAUAUGGCUUGGGGGUUGUAUGAUAGCAACCAACCUUUCUUAUGGGUCAUCAGACCAGGGUCUAUCCCUGGCUCGGAGUCACUGCUAGAGGAAGUCAGUAAGAUUGUCUCAGAAAAGGGGUACAUAGUGAAAUGGGCACCACAGGUUGAAGUACUUGCACAUCCCGCAGUGGGAGGUUUCUGGAGCCAUUGUGGAUGGAACUCAAUACUUGAGAGCGUUGCUGAAGGAGUGCCAAUGAUUUGCAGGCCUUUUACCGGAGAGCAGAAGUUAAACACAAUCUAUAUAGAAAGUGUUUGGAAGAUAGGGAUUCAGAUUGAAGGUGAAGUGGAAAGAGGAGAUGUGGAGAGAGCUGUGAAGAGGUUACUUGUGGAUGAAGAAGGUGCAUGCAUGAGGGAGAGAGCACUUGUUCUAAAAGAGAAGGUCAAAGCCUCCGUAGGAAGUGGAGGCUCCUCAUGCAACGCAUUAGACGAGCUCGUCAAGUACCUGGAGACUUGCGUGAAAAGAUGUGAUACCUAA